CAAACUGUCUGUGUUAUUCGGUUUGGUCAACGUUUCUAGUUGCGCCAGUUUUGAACGGCGCUGGCGAGAUUCGAGGACUUAAACUGUGCGUGGUCGCCUAGAUAGCAGAACGCCAUGACCGUCCCCUCACCAGAGGAACUGGACUCCCUCAAGUACAGUGACCUGCAGAAUUUGGCUAAGAGCCUCGGCCUCCGGGCUAACCUAAGGGCUGACAAGUUGUUAAAAGCCUUGAAAGCUCACCUUAAACAUGAAGAAAGAAAAGAAAAUGAGCAUCAGGAUGAAAGUCAAAUCUCUGCAUCCUCUUGUGAUGAGACUGAUGUUAGCAGCCAGAACCAAGCUGAGAGGGAACCAGCUGGCCACGUCACCAAAACAAGGAGAAGGCGGAGAACAGUCCACAGGAACCCUGACUCCCAGACACAUCAUUCAGAGAUAAAAAUAAGUGAGCCCACUGACUUCGAUAGUCAAAAAAAGCAGGAAAGCCAGGAUCUCAGAACUGCUACAGAAGUUCCUUUUCCAUCAGACAGCUGCCAAAGAGAUGAAUAUGCAGUUUCUUCAGGAAAAAGUGAAAUAAUUGGUUCAGGUAAAGAAGACACAAAUGUACCUUCAGAAAGAAAGAAGUCUCUCUAUAUCAGUGAGUCUUCCAAACCUGGAAAAAAUAAAAGAACAACAAGUACCACUCCGAACUUCAAGAAGCUUCAUGAGGCUCGUUUUAAGAAAAUGGAGUCCAUUGAUCAAUAUAUUGAUAGAAAAAAGAAACAUUUUGAAGAACACAAUUCACUUAAUGAACUGAAGAAGCAGCCUGUCCCAAAGGGAGUGGCAGUGACUCCUGUUUCUCUCAGAGGAAGACUCUCUGUGGCUUUUACUCCCACCAGCCAGCGGCGCUCACAAGGCCGGCCCAGCAGUUCUGUGAGUAGGAGCACCUUGUGUGUGAAGAGCUCCAUUAAGUGCUCUGCUCUCUCAGCAACUAAAAUGAACGUCAGGUUUUCAGCCACGACUAAAGAUAACGAACAUAAGCGUUCACUGACCAAGACUCCAGCCAGAAAGUCUCCACAUAUCACCAUAUCAGGGAGUACCCCAAAAGGCCAAGCUGUUCUCGGAGCACACAAAUUAAAGUCCACAAGAGGGGAUUCCGCUGCUGUUACUACCCCAUUCAAAUGGACAUCAGAUGCAGUGCAGACUCCAGUGUCUCACAGAAAACCGGUGUUUGACCUUAAAGCAAGUCUGUCUCGUCCUCUCAGCUAUGAGCCGCACAAAGGAAAGUUGAAGCCAUGGGGACAAUCUAAAGAAAACAGUUCUCUGAAUGAACAUGUAAACAGAGUUAGCUUCCAUAAGAAAACUUACAAACAACCUCGUCUCAACGUCAGGGAGGAGCAACGGAAGAAACAUGAGCAAGAACGAAAAGAGAAGAAAGCUAAGAUUUUAGAAGCUCGGAGGGGGCUCAUUAUGGCUAAAGAUUAAUUUCUCAGCAUCCUAUAAAUAUUCCUUUAUUCUAAUUCUUUCUUUUGUAAAUAUUUUUAUACUGUCCUCCCCACUUUAGUGAAAAGAAUUUUUCUACUCUUUGUUGUGUCAGAGGCUCUUUAUAUGCUACACCUUUAAAAAAAAAAAGAAAAUGAAUACCUUAAAUGUUAUAAAUUCUUCUUCAAAAUGGUUUUACCUGAAUCCCUGCACAACUCAAUUUUCCAAUGAGACCCAUCCUCUAUAUUAUUGACCUAGGGUUUUUGGUAUCAAGUUCUCUCUCCUUGCUCUUAUAUUAACAAAACUGCAGUUCUCUCCUGGGAAAAAGCAUUUUUACUUGUAACAGCUAGUUAUACCAGAAGCCUUAUGGAAAAUGAGUAAGUUAAGACUAGAGUAAGCAUGGGUAGAAAAACCGCCUCCUAAUUCUCUAGAGGAUAGAGUAGUCAUAUAGUAGUCUUAACUGUGUGCCAUCUGGGUGGUUAUGGCAUCAAUCUUUUACCUGUUGUGAAGUGUUUUGUUUAAGCUUGUAAGUCCAGUUACUUCAUGUAAUCCAUAUGUUGCUUGGUAUAUUUUUUAAAACAAAACCCUAUAUAGCUCAUUUUAGCCUUGCUUACUUAAGAAAUAUACAGGGCCAUAUUGAAUCUGAGGUGUGCUGCUUUAGGGAUUACUGUGCUUUGUCAAAUUCACAUCUUAUUCAAUUUAGGGAAAUGAAGAGAGUUGUUCAGCAUCAUAUCCAUGUUUCUUGCAUCAAGGUGAUGCUUCUGCUUAAGUUUUGUCCUGCUUAAGAUUUUCAUAAAUAAAAAUUUUC